GGUGGCGGGUCUCACCUUUGACCACCACUCAUAAUAGCAUUGCUCGCAGGCCAAGCGGCGCUUUGGCUGGUAUUUCUUUGGCCAAUUGUCCCAGUCGCUACAAUAGCUUUGGCGUUGGCUUUGGUCAAAGCUAUGGAGGCCACAGUGGCUCUCGCAGGGUAUAAAACGUCCCCUCUCCUCUUACACUUUCCUUCGUCUCCCAGACCUCUCACCUCUCUCACAAAGUAUUCAGCAGUAAACAGUCAGAAAACCACAUUCUCUACACCAAUAUGCUUCCAUCAUUCACUCCACCCAUUUACGAACCUCAUGCCUAUGCUUAUGCUGGACUCGCUUUCAGUCAGCUUCCGACCAUUGCUCAACACUAUCUCACCACGGUUGCUCGGUUGAUGCCACCAGCCGCCUAUGACCCUAGCGCUAUUCACGAAGAACGAUCUAGGCUAUCGCUCUCCCUGUUCAGGAGCCUGCAAGGCAUCGAUAUCGCGAUGGUCGAAAAAAGGCAAGAAGCCUACUCCAUUGCCAAGCUGGGUGACACAUCACCCACCCACGAGUGGUACGAGACGGCUCUCCAGAAGGACCAGGAAAGGCUGCACGAGGUCUUCAACGUGCUUCUUCCCGAAAGGGAAAGGACUCUGGACGAGUUUAUGAUCAAGUUUGACGCGCUUGUCUGGUUAGACGUGGAUGGCCAUGAGGAUUUCAGUCUCGAGCAGUGGCAGGAGCAUAGGAACAAUCUGUCCACGCCUAUCCUCAACUACACCGGCCAAGCCCUCGUUGCGCUGGACAGUGCCGUUUCGAAGAAGAAUGUCGAGGGAGAUGACAACUGGAGAUCCCCAAGCGUUCCUGUCAGCCCUAUCUGGCGCACUCACAGUCCCCGAUACCCGCGGCCGGAUAAGGCUCAUUCGGAAAUGCAGUGGAAGGUGGAGCGCACCUUGCAGGACAUCCGGAACAAGCAUCGCGGGAGUGCGUAUCAUCCACCAAGUUCCGUUUACGGAGGAAAGUGGCAUUCGAGGAAGAACGGAAGGCCGCACUCGGGUUGAGAUGGGCUUUCUUUACUAGUAAUUUACUGUUUCUGUCCCACUUGUACUACAAUGAUGUACCACACACCAUCCACGAUCAUUACAUCGACAUCU